UUGUGGCGUCUCUCAGAGAAACUUGUGCAAGUUUGGAAGAACAUCAUCCUCUGACCUUCAGAAACCUGGAGUUUUUAUCAGUGAGCUACCUAAAGGAAUCUAAGGAAAUUAUAGCUGUAGUUUCCUUGCCAUUACUUUUUUGGUGUUUGUACCUCUUUUUCAGUGGUUUUAGAUCAAGAAACAUUAUGAGCACAGCUCAACGGAAGCGCCGUGGAGGAACAGUUAAUUCUAGGCAAGCUCGAAAAAGAAACAGGCUUAUGGCUUCUACUGCUGAAAUGGCUUCAGAAGCAGAGCCAAUAGAACUUGAAGAAAGUGCUGGUGAAGAAGUAGUAGAUCUCACAUGUGAAUCUUCUGAUCCUGUAGUCGUUGAUCUAACUCACAAUGAUUCCGUUGUGAUUGUUGAAGAGAACCAACGACAGAGGAGAAAUCUGAGACUAAGAAGCCAGCGACAGUCAGACAGCUGUGUACUGAGCAGUGAUGAUGAAGAUGAAACAAGAGAUAACGAUGUGUAUGUGGCUGAUAAAGCAUCUCGAGAACUGGGACCGCUGGAAGAGGAAACUGCAAGUUCAAAGCCGUCUGGUACUGUUAGCUGUCCAAUUUGCAUGGAUGUCUACUCAGAGAUUGUACAAAGUGGACGACUGAUUGUGUCAACAAAAUGUGGUCAUGUCUUCUGCAGUCAGUGCCUCCGUGAUUCCCUUAGGAAUGCCAACUCUUGCCCAACCUGCAGGAAGAAACUCACUCACAGACAAUAUCAUCCCAUUUAUAUAUGAGUACUUUUAUUUCUCAGGACAGACUCAACUGGAUUUUGGGGGAAAUGUUAUAUUUUCAGUGCUCUGAAGAUUUAAAGAGCAGCAGGUUGUGCACAAAUCCAAAUAAAACUGGUUUUUUUG